AUGAUACGUCAGCUCUAUGAUGGCCUGUUGGUGCGAGUCACGGACAAUGGAGCAGUCACAGAGGCAUUGGCAGUGACCAACGGAGUGAAGCAGGGCUGCGUUCUCCCGCCUACCCUCUUCAGUCUCAAGUUCUCUACCAUGCCGAUGGACGCCUACCGUGACGAACGCCCGGGGAUCCACGUUGUCUACAGGAUGGACGGCCAACUCCUCAAUCAGCGCGGAUACACUUCCAGUCGCGUGUAUCCACAGCUACCGUCCACUAACUUCUCUUCGUCAAGCGUUCAGCCGCCUGCAGAACGCCGUCUGGAAUAGUUACGAUCUUCCCCUUAACACCAGGUUCAAGAUGUACGAAGUUGUCAUCCUCCCAAUAUUGUUGGAUGGAGUGGAGACCUGGAUGGUGCCCAAAAAGCAGGCACGGAAGAUUAACCGCCUACAAUCUAACUGUCUCCGGCAGAUACUUAAGCUGAAGUGGCAGGACCGGAUCCCGGAUACGGAAGUACUGGAACGAACAGGAAUUCUCAGCAGUCACGCCGUGCUAAGAAAAUUGCUACUGCACUGGAACGGCCACCUCGUGCGGAUAGACGACGAGCGGCUAUCCAAUCGACCCUUCUAUGGAGAUGUCGUCACGGGUUCUCGUCGAAAGGAGGUCGAAUUCGGCGCUACAAGGACACUCUAA